AUGGGGUCCCUUUUUGAGAGAUUAUGGCCGGAUGCGCAUUGGUGGCUUCGUGUCUGCCAUUUAGAGCAUCUUGUGGAAUUCAGCUUCCUCCGGCUUAUGCUUUUCAUCGGCAGUGUCAUUUCGGGAGUUUUUGGGGUGACCUGGCUCCUGGAUGUUGUGGAGCUGCGAUGCUUCGAGAACAAACCGUGGACCCAAGAGGGUGCAGGCAAGUAUACCUGUUCGGUAAAAUUCCUGGGCGGCUUGAUGAUGUUGAUGAUGUUUUGGCAAUCCGUCAUGGCACUGAUUCACUUCGACAAGAAUCUUGAUCGGUUGAAGCAGGACAGGAAGCAGUGCAUUGACGACAUGAACAGCCAGAUCGGCGUUGCCCUGACCCAUGCAACAUCUCAGGCCAAGAGGCUAUGCGAGCUGCUUGAGAUUCAGCUCGUGCAGCAGGUGCGAGGCCACAUACACAAGAUGCGCAACAUCCUCCAGAAAUGCGAGCAGUUCUGCCCGGAGGAAUUCAACAAUCUUGUUGAGCUGAUGGCGAACCAUCUCCACCGUCUGCGCAAGCCGGCAAUGAAGAAGUUCGAGAAGUUGGUUCUGGCAUUCAACCAGGAGGCCGUCUUCUACGACUUGACUCAGACACUGAGGCAGCAGAAGCAGACGAGUAUGGUGAAGCUCCUCACGAUACAGAGCGAGCAUGCCAGGAGCUUGCAGCUGCCUCGGACGAAGACGGCCCAUGAUCCAGAAGCGGCUCGGCCGCUGCUGGAUCAGGACCAACAGCUCGCCCAGGGCCUUCAAUCGUGGUGCAGCUCUGUCUACAGAGGUUACAGAAAGAAGCGACGAACGUCCAAGACAUCUUUUACAUCAAACCUCGCGCAAGUCGCCUUUUCGCAUGACGACAAGCUGAAAGAGCUGCUGCGGGAACCGACUGAGGACGACAUGAAAAGCAAACCAGAGGCAGUACUCCUGCGACCUGUGUCGCUGGUUCUGAACUUCUUCGAGAAGAUCCAGCCGUUUGUGCACGGAGAGCCACUCCAUGCCGAGGACGAAGAGGUGACCAUCGGAACUCCAUCCCAAGAAGAGAACCCCUACAUGAAGCAGGCCAACAAGGUAUACGUACAUUUGACUGACUCGCCCCUAUAUGUCAGCGUGCUCGUCGGUGUUGUCUGUAGCGUGGCCCUCCUCCUGUUCCACUUCCACAUGGCAGUCGUCGUGCUCCACGUGAUUCGAACAGGCGAUCACUGCGCUUCUUUGGGCAUGUGGUCUUGCUCAAUGGAGCUGGUUCGGGUCAUUACUGUGAUGACAGGGAUGUUAUGCCACACAGUCUCCCUUCUGGUCAUUCUCUGGAACGUCGACAAGCUGGAUCAAGUGCUCGAGCUGACCGAGGACAUCAAAGAGUUCAAAAAAACCAAGGACCAGAUCGAAAGCUUGAACAAGAACGACCUGGCGGACAAGGACUUGGACAUGAAAACCCUGGAGGAUGCGCAGACAUGCUUGCAGGGACAGAGUGGAAUCGUGGAGGAGUUCUUCUUGAGGCAUACAGGCCAGCAGCUAGACGCAGGGGACUUCAGAAGCUUUAUGGAAGAGCUCCGGGACGCUUUGCCAUGCGAUGAGAAGCCGUGCUCCGUCACGACGAGCCGCGGUGGCGCCGAGUACACCGUCUACACCGCUGUGCCAUCGGAGGAAUCAGAGACAGGAAAGUGUGUCCUGGUCUUCGGGUACAGAGGGGCUCUUGCCAAGCAGGUGAGCUGUGGGCCCGCGAAAGUACAAGCUUCCAGAACGAAUGGACGCGACUACUCUGGCCUGAAGCUCUCCGUGGCAGAGUGCAAGUCCCUCCUCCAACGACGGGACAUUCAGAUACCACAUGUCACUGAGAAGUCGGAUCUGCUCCACGCGCUUCACGAGACGAACCCGCACGUCCCAGGAGCCCAAAGUGGCAUGGCGCGGAUUCCGAGCAAGUGGAAACGAUGCUACGUCUAUGCAGAGCUGGACAGCAAAAGACAGCACAUCGCCGAGGCAGAGGUGGCGCACUUCCGCUGGCGGCUGGUUUACCACGGCCGGCCAUCUUCCAUGGGCCUUAGACACUUCCAGAAGAACGGUGUCUUCGUGUCCCCCCACUUUGGGGAGACCAGGUGGUCCUUACUCCACGGCGGUCGAUUUUUCGAGAUGCAGGGCAUCGACCCGCUUCAGGUGAGCAGAAACUCUGACAACUGGGGCUGGGUCAUUGGCGCAGAGACCAGCACAGAAUACCACUCGGCCGAAUUUGAACAGGAUCUUUAA